CAACACGUCUGGCCCUCCACCGCCCCUCCGACGACAUCGCUGCGCAACCGACAGUCCUCACAUGGUCGCGACAGCAAUGACGUCUCCAGCUUCUCCCCGCCUGCCCAGUCCCCCACCCAUCGCCGAAGACCAGCUAUCGCCCGUCCCUGCGUCCCCCGAGCAGCAAAAGUUCUUCAGCAAUCUCGACCAUGCCGCUGCGCGACGGAUACGGCCAGGCACGAAGGCAGAGGACAUGGCUGAGGGACCGCCGCUGGUAGAGCUGUCAGAGAUCGACUCAGCGUUCCAGCUCACCGAGCACCUCAAAGCCCUACACAACUUUCUGACGCAUCCAAUUGGCGCGAACGGAAAUAUCCCGGUGGACAAGGAAAUGGCUCUGAAGCUGGCGCAGCCCCCAGAGAACGUGGACAAGACGCUGUGGCUGUAUGAGCUGUGCCGCUUCCUCACCCAAAAGGUCAACUCUAUCAUCGUCGCACUCUUCUCCGACACGCCGCCGUGCUCUGCGAUUACAUGCCCCGAAAUGCGCGCCUCCGAGUGGCAGUACCUCUGCGCUGUACACGACCCGCCCAAGUCCUGCUGCGCGAUCGACUACUGCUGCCACACGCUGGAUUGGGCUGCCAACACGCUCACCUCGCCAAAACACUUUCCUUCGCGACUCGCUCUCGGCACCGACCAGUCUACCCAGCACUCGCAAAUACGCCAGUUGACCAACAUCUUCCGACGAGUGUAUAGGAUAUUUGCACACGCAUGGUUCCAACAUCGCGAGAUGUUCUGGAAAGUGGAGGGAGACACCGGGCUCUACAUCUUCUUCAAGACGGUCUGCGAUGUCUACGGUCUUAUUCCCGAGGACAACUACACCAUUCCUCCAGAGGCCGAGGGAAUUGAACCUCUCACAGAAGCCUUAGCCUCCUUACCGCCUCUAAUCUUGAAGCGCGAGCCUUCAGACUCUGCUCAAGAGAAGGAGAGCUCAGGGAUCAUGGAGGGCAUCUCAGAGCACUCGCUUUCGACUGCUGGCACAACAAAGCGCCACCGACACUCGCCUUCGGUAGGUGCAAUGUCUGUUGCCACGGUCGUGGAAGAGGUCGAAGAGGAGGAUGGCUCAUCAGGAAAGGAAGCGCCAAGACCCGUCACGCAAAUCUUCGAGUCGACACCAGAGGAUCCUGAAGAAGACCAGCCUGAGCAGCCGGAGGAGACGAAAGACGCUGGGAUUGUGACGUCUGAAGAAGCGACAUCAGACAAGCCUCCGGCCGCGCAUGAGGUCGAAGAAGCAAGCUCAGAGAGCACGGGAACUACCGACAAGACAGAAGCUGAAACUGAUGCCAACGACGAGGCCAAGGACAAAGAAAGCACGACCGAGGAACCAGUUGCAGAAGCAGAGUCCAAGUCGGCAGGGUUCCUCGAGUUGACCCCUGAAGAACACCAAACCACCAGCGACGACAGCGGGAAGCCCGCAGAAUCCACGGAGAAGCCGGAAAAAACGGAAGCGGACGCGGAGAAGGCUGAGCAGAAGGACGAAGUGGUCUCAGGUGCAGCUGAUAAGGUCGAUAAGGCUGAUAAGGCUGAAGACUCGACGGAGAAGACAGAAGCAUAAUGACCCUACGAUGCGUUAUGACCAGCGUGCAUCGUGGAGAUGCACGACGGGUGAGUUUCUUCUACUGUGUAUUUUUAGCCCAGCACCGCACGACGACGCAGACGUGACGGUCGUCGAUAGUGGUAGCAUCAAUAAUGAACAACGCCGUUUUACUCGUUCGAUA